AGCAUCUCUCUAUCACUAACACCACCACCACCACCGCCGCCGCCGCCGCCGUCGCCGCUGACACCAACACCUACACCACCGACUCUCCCGUCCUCUGUGUGCCCGACGCGCGCUCUCUCCACUGCCGCUGCCGCAUGAGCGUCAAGGCGCUGUGUGGACCGUCGCUACUGUAGUCUCCGUCUAACCCACUUUCCCCUCUUUCGGUCGCUGCUGUUGCUGCUGCUGCUGCACGCGCGCUGGUCCUUCACCACCACCACUAACUGAGUGUUAUGCUGAUGUCCAGGAAUAUCGGCGGGACUUUGGGACGGAAAGACUAUUCAUUGGACCUCUAACUACAUAUCUGUCACCGUGCUCAGUCUCGGGCUCCACUGCGUCCCCAGCGCAGCUCUUUACGCAGCGAAGACGCCGCUGAUUUGACCGGGACAAAAAGGGGGAAAAGGAGGAGAGAGAAACUCAUCAGUUGUUGCUGCUUGCUUCCUGUUUGUAUGUCGAAUUGCAUAUUUACCUACAAUGUGGAGACUACCGCGUUCGUGCUGUUGCUGCUGGUGGAUUUUCCCUCUGGUUUUGUCAGCCUCCGUGUUCCUCUGGGCCGACUGUCAUCCUGCACUGACAGGAAGCCAAGCCGAGUUCCAAGCUCCUGUCCUCAACCCUGACAGAGCAACGGCCGGUGGGGUGCGACUCCGGAGAGCUUCCUCUGAGGAGACCUACUGGGCCUACUCAGGUGUAUAUGGACCAGACGAGGGCUGGGCGUCUGCCUACCCAGCGUGCAGAGAGAGAAACCAGUCACCAAUCAACAUUGUGGACCAUGAUACCAAAGUAUCUACAGAGUAUCAGGAACUGACACUGGAGGGCUUUGAUAGUGAAUCCUCUAAUAAGACAUCAAUGAAAAACACCGGCAAAACAGUGGCAAUUAUGCUGAAGGAUGAAUACUUUGUUCGAGGAGCAGGCCUACCGGGGAGAUUUAAGGCAGAAAAAGUGGAGUUUCAUUGGGGUCCCAGCAACGGAUCUGAUGGAUCUGAACACAGCAUCAACGGCCGGCGCUACCCUGUGGAGAUGCAGAUCUACAUGUACAACUCAGAUGACUUUGACAGCCUCAGUGCAGCGCUCAGGGAGAAGAGGAUCAUCGCAGCCAUGGCUGUGUUUUUUCAGGUGGGAGGGAAGGACAAUCCUGCUGUCAACCCCAUAAUCCAUGGGCUGAAGGGUGUGGUCCAUCACGAGAAAGAGACGUUUCUGGAGCCGUUUGUACUGAAGGACCUGCUGCCGUCCUCGCUAGGAAGUUACUAUCGCUACACUGGCUCCCUUACCACGCCGCCCUGCAGUAAGGUGGUGGAGUGGAUCAUCUUCAGCAAACCCAUCUCCGUCUCAUACAAACAGUUGGAGGCUUUCUACUCGAUUUUCACCACAGAGCAGCAGGACCAUGUCAAGUCAGUGGAGUAUCUGCGGAGUAACUUUAGGCCCAUCCAGAGUUUGGAUAACCGCCAUGUCUUCAAGUCAUCAGUCAAAGACGCCUGGCUACCUGACCUUACUGACAACGCCGGCGGACCAUAUGGCACGGAGGCUUCCAAAGUGUGCAGCAGCGCUCCCAUCAACAUGAAGGUGCAGCAUGUGAAUGGCAGUGCCCUUAUGGUCCGCUGGGCCCGCCCAGAGGUCACCUACCACCCGCCCAUCCUCCACUUCCUGGUGUCGUACAGCUGGACCACCCACGACGACAGCUAUGAGGAGACACAUCUCACCGACGCCAAACACAAACUGGAGGCUGUCAUCUCUCCUGUCUCCCCCGAUGUACUGUACCUGUUUCGAGUCCAGGCCAUCUGCAUGAAUGACAUGCGCAGUGACUUCAGCCAGAGCAUGCUCUUCAGAGCAAACACCACCAGGAUCUUCGAGGGCACAAGGAUUGUUAAAACUGGAAUGCCAACAGUCUCUCCAGCCUCCUCUGCUGACAUGGCACCCAUUUCCUCUGGCUCAUCUACCUGGACCUCCUCGGGCAUCCCAUUCUCUUUUGUCUCCAUGGCGACAGGCAUUGGCCCAUCCUCUAGUGGUAGUCAGGCCACAGUGGCAUCCUUGGUGACCAGCACUUUACUGGCAGGACUGGGCUUCAGUGGUGGCGUCAUCUCCUCAUUCCCCAGCUCUGUUUGGCCGAGCAGAGCACCAAGCCGUGUAAGUCCCACCUCCAACCGGCAAACCGCAGAGCCCACAGAACCCGCAAAAAACACCGCCGCCCCCGCCGCCUCUGCUGUCACAACUGCUGCGGCCAAUGACCACAGUGAGACUGGAGGUGAGGACCAGGACGACAGCAGGAGUCAAGGAGAGGAUGCAGAGAGGGGAGGAGAGGACAAGGGAGAAGAAGAGGAAGAAGAGGAUGAAGACAAGAAGAAAAGAAGGAAACAAUCAGGUCGAAAGGGCAAAGCAGAGAACAAUGAAAACAGUACAGUGGUGAACGAGCCGCCCAGUGAGACACCAGACUCCACUGCAAAGGAGAAAAAACAAACGGAACCAGAUCCAAAUCAAAUGACAUCUGCUGUAGAAGACCAACCAGAAGUGUGUACACAUUCUAACCCCACUACUACGACAGAGCCAACUCUGAGAACCAAGAAGCACAGGCCUUUCUCCAUCCAUUCAGACUGUCCCACUAUGGCGACCAAUCUGACAAGCCAGACACGGGCAGUGUCAGGCCUGGGCCGUGUGGAGUGGCUGGCCCCUUUGGUGGUGGUCUCAGCUCUAACCUUCGUCUGCCUCGUGCUCCUGCUGGCUAUGGUCGUCUACUGGAGACGUUGUUUCCAAACGGCCCAUUUCUAUGUGGAAGACAGCAAUUCUCCAAGGGUGGUGUCCAAUGAGACAACACCAGUCUUGCCCAUCCCAGAUGACAUGGAAGCCAUUCCAGUCAAGCACUUCAUUAAACAUGUCGCGGAACUCUACUCGAAUAACCAACAUGGAUUCCCUGAAGAAUUUGAGGCGGUUCAACGGUGCACUGCUGACAUGAAAAUCACAUCAGAGCACUCCAACCACCCAGACAACAAGCACAAGAACAGAUAUAUCAACAUUAUGGCCUAUGACCACAGCAGAGUGAAGCUAAGGCCACUGCAUGGGAAGGACUACAAACACUCCGACUACAUCAACGCCAACUAUGUGGACGGUUAUAAUAAGCCUAACGCCUACAUCGCAGCCCAGGGACCUCUCAAGUCCACCUUUGAGGACUUCUGGCGCAUGGUGUGGGAGCAAAAUACCGGUAUCAUCGUCAUGAUCACCAACUUAGUGGAGAAAGGACGGAGAAAAUGUGACCAGUACUGGCCGACAGAGAACAGUGAAGAGUACGGCAGCAUGGUCGUCACACUGAUGAGCACCAAGGUUCAUGCCUGCUACACUGUUCGCCGCUUCACACUGCGCAACAUAAAAGUAAAGAAGGGUGGGAAAGGGAACCCCAAACUGUGGGCCCAGAAUGAAAGGACAGUGCUCCAGUAUCAUUACACCCAGUGGCCGGACAUGGGUGUCCCAGAAUAUACGUUGCCUGUCCUCACGUUUGUCCGCAGGUCCUCCGCCGCCCAGAUGCCUGAUAUGGGCCCCAUGCUUAUUCACUGCAGUGCUGGAGUUGGUCGAACAGGGACAUACAUCGUCAUUGACAGCAUGCUGCAGCGGAUAAAAGACAAGAGCACAGUUUAUGUACUCGGCUUCCUCAAACACAUACGCACCCAACGCAACUACCUAGUCCAGACAGAGGAGCAGUACAUUUUCAUCCAUAAUGCCUUGAUGGAAGCUAUUUUGGGGAGGGAGACAGAAAUGGCAGCCAGCCAGCUUCACAGCUACUUCACCAGCAUCACGACACCAGGGCACACAGGCCGGACACGUCUGGAUAAACAGUUCAAGCUGGUGACACAGUGCAACACCAGAUUCGUGGACUGCUUCAACGCGCAGAAGGAGUGCAACAAAGAGAAAAAUCGGAACUCCUCUGUGGUGCCGUCGGAGCGAGCAAGGGUCGUCCUUGCACCUUUGCCUGGCAUCAAAGGCACUGAUUAUAUUAACGCCUCUUACAUCAUGGGUUACUAUCGCAGUAAUGAAUUCAUAAUUACCCAGCAUCCUCUGCCACACACCACAAAAGACUUUUGGAGAAUGAUCUGGGACCACAACGCACAAAUUAUUGUUAUGCUCCCUGCCAACCAUGGACUGGCGGAGGAUGAGUUUGUGUACUGGCCCAGUCGGGAAGAGGCCAUGAACUGUGAGGCAUUCACUGUCACCCUCAUUAGUAAAGACCGACUCUGUCUGUCCAACGAGGAGCAGAUCGGCAUCCAUGACUUCAUCCUCGAAGCUACACAGGAUGACUACGUAUUAGAGGUUCGUCACUUUCAGUGUCCCAAGUGGCCCAAUCCUGAUGUCCCCUUCAGCAGCACCUUUGAGCUCAUCAACGUCAUUAAAGAGGAGGCCGCCAAACGUGACGGACCAACCAUCGUCCACGAUGAGUUGGGGGCUGUGUCCGCUGGCACACUGUGUGCCCUCACCACUCUGUCUCAACAGCUGGAGAGCGAGGGCGCCAUCGAUAUCUACCAAGUGGCCAAGAUGAUCAACCUCAUGAGGCCAGGAGUCUUCACAGACAUUGACCAGUACCAGUACCUUUACAAAGCUCUGCUCAGCCUCAUCAGCACCACAGGCAACAGUUUGGGUCGUCUGUCCAGGGACCUUAAUGGGACCAUGGCGUCCAUGUCCAACCAGUCUGACCAGGCAGAGAGCAUGGAGUCGUUGGUGUGAAAGUGGCCCGUCUGAGGCCUGAAGCUGAGCUGAGCGCGUCCUGUGGGUCGGGACACCCCUCGAGGUCCCUGAAAGCCACAAAGGCGGCACUUAACUUUGUAAAACGUCAAGGAACUAUUGUGGACAAGACUUUUUGAGGCCUUUUUUGCCAGACUCUUGGUUAAAAUGAAUAACCUGAUUACUUUUUUACACUGAUAAAAAGUUUUUGAUAUUUAUUUUUUUCGCCAUUUUAUGUCUUAAUGUUCUCCUACUGAAGGGUUUGCACCGGCGUUUUUUGAGUUUCACAGCGGCGUUGGUAGGCAACGAGAAACACUUUUCUGUCUUUUCUUGUUUGCACUAUAUAAUGUCAGUGUUACUGCCUAUACUAAAGCUGACUCACUUGGCUUUUCUUCACUUGAGCUCUGACUUUUGUUCUUUCUCUUUCUUUUUCUUUUUUUUUUGACAUUCCACGGCUUUGGCCCUGCUUCUGUGAAGGACAUUGUUAUGCCUGCCACCUACGAGUUAAUUUAAUGCAGCAGAUGGAGGGAGUUACAGACUCUUCGCCUCAGUAACAAAAUGCUGGUUGACUUCAGCUCAGUAUAACCUCCUCCAACCUGCUCAUCUCUAAUAUCCAUAUUACCACUCACUAGAAGGCGACUGUCACAGACAGACAGCCCUUGUUUUCUUGAAGUAAUUUCCUCUUCACUUUUUUCGUUGUCACUCUCUCCUAUUAGUGAGUCACACCCAUGUUAUAAUACCUAAGGUGGUGUAACAACUGCUACUGUGAAUUAUUAUUAUUAUUAUUAUUAUUAUUAUCAUUAUUUCUUUGUAUAAUUCAUUUUAUGCUUUUUAAUAUAUGGAAAUACUGUAUGUAUACAUAUAUAAAUAUAUCCUUAUCAUAAUAACUUUGUGAUUUUCGUACAUGUCCUUUGUGGCCUUCUGCCAUGGGCCGGUUGAUUUCCAGUACAUCCCAUAGUUCACGACUACAUUGUUCACCGCUGACUAGCAGCGGUGUGGAUAUGGACUCCUUUCACUUCUCUACAUUCUUGUAUGCUGCUAUGUCAUCUAAUCUUACACACACGUAAAACCUACACGCCACAGUUUGAACCUUCUGACCAUCUACAGCAGACGAUGAUCCCUUGAUUUUCUGUUAUUUAUUUAUACUUUUCUUUUUUUUCCCCAUUCCCAUCACAAAUUAUUUUUAACGACAAACCACAACCGAGUAUGAAGACAAAAAAAACCUUUAUAUGGGGCCUGCAUUCACUUACAUACACCUGUGUGUGUCAUAUUAGGCUUGUGCAAGUAUGAUCGGACUCAACAACAACCUCUAUGCAACAAAUUGCUUAUGUUUUAGAUAUGAAACAGGGUUUAAAACAGUCUUUGGGUUCUUAAUUAUUUUCAACCCUAUUCAUUGUACCUGCACUUAUGAUGUCUCAACAAUGAAAAAGCUGAAUAGUAUUUUUUCGUUUUUGUUCCUUAAAUGAUGUGUACCACACUUUGAAGGGUUGAGAUGAGGCCUGAAGCCACAUAUUGAAUGUUUGUGAUCAUUUAUUUCUACUGAAUCACAAUGUUCUGAUUUUUAUUAUUAAGAAACAUUCUACUCGUAAUUGCUUUAUGGAACACAUUUGGAUCCUCAUUACCAUCCUAAGGCCUGAAGGCUAAGUUUAACAUGAGGAAGCAUUUCUCAUAGCAUGAAGUGACAUCAUUAGCAUUCCCAAUCAUUGUCAUGAUGUAACAAAAACAAUGAAUGUCGAUGAGUCCAAUCUAACUUAAUGAGACUGAUAAAUAUUCAAUAUUCA